CUGUUUUCCAACCUUAUCAAUCCUCAAAUCCGGAAUAAAAUAAAACAAAACAAUGGCCAUGUUAUCAUUCUCACGCUCUUACAUCCUAUUCUUUGUAUUAUUCCUUUUGAUCACCACCUCCUCUCUUAUCUUACUCCGGGUGCAAGCAGAGAAUAGGAAUGGGAACAAGGAUAUUGAUCAUGGGAAUAAUAAGGAGUCUUUUGGGAAACAAAGAGGAGAAGAGGGGAAAGAACAGGAGCCAGCGUUGGUGGAACGAGCCAUUGGGAUCACUGGCUUCACCAAUCGUUGGGAUUCUAUUCGGAAUUGGUUUAAACUAGCAUGGUUGAACCUUAGGCCUCCUGAUUCUGGGAGGAGCAUGAGUGGUUCAAGUGCGAGUGAUGUGAUGAAAGAGGCAGCGACAAGGAGUUUUGAGACAAGCAAAGGAGCGAUGGAGCAAGCAGCCUCAUCAGCGGCUAAUUUGGCAGGUGAGGCUGUGGAGAAAACCAAGGAGAAAGUCAAGAGGACUGUAUCCAUGCCUCACGAUGCUGAAUUGUGAAGAUUAGAUUUAUUAUGUACUGUUAUCUAUAUAUAUAUAUAUUAUAACUUAUUUAAUUUCAUACUUUCAUUUAGUAAUACAGAGACAAUUUGCCUUCUUUGUCAAUGUCUUUUGUUUUCAUUCGCCUUG